GCCGCCGCCGCCGCCGCCCGCCGCGUGAGAGGACGGCUCCGCGGCAGCGCAGUCCGGUCCCCCCCCCGGAAGAUUGGCGAAGGAGAAGCCGCCGCCGCCGCUAAGGAAAAGGAGCCGCCGGUGCCGGUCCCAGGGGCGCCAUGGCGACCGGAGCGCUGGGUAAGCUGGGCCUCCCCGGGCCCAAAGGGAGCUUCGAGCCGGGGCCGCCGCCCGCCCUCGGGCCUGGGGCGGGUCUACUGGUGCCCGGGCCGCCGCCGCCGCCGCCCGCGGGCGCGAUGGGGGCCCUGACCGCGGCCUUCCCCUUCGCGGCGCCACCGCCGCCGCCGCCGCCGCCCCCUCCACUGCCCCGGCCGCCGCUGCCGUCCCCGGGCUCCGCGAACCCGCCGCCGCAGCCGCCCCCUCCGCCGCUCUACCAGCGCGUGUCGCCGCCACAGCCACCCCAGCCGCCGCGUCAGGACCAGCAGCCAGGCCCGGCCGGCGGCGGAGGAGACUUCCCGAGUAAGAAGCGGAAGAGGAGCCGCUGGAACCAGGACACAAUGGAACAGAAGACGGUGAUUCCAGGAAUGCCUACUGUUAUUCCUCCUGGACUUACUCGAGAACAAGAAAGAGCUUAUAUAGUGCAACUGCAGAUAGAAGACCUGACUCGUAAACUGCGCACAGGAGACCUGGGCAUCCCCCCUAACCCUGAGGACAGGUCCCCUUCCCCUGAGCCCAUCUACAAUAGUGAGGGGAAGAGGCUUAACACCCGUGAGUUCCGCACGCGCAAAAAGCUCGAAGAGGAGCGGCAUAACCUCAUCACGGAGAUGGUUGCGCUCAACCCUGAUUUCAAACCACCUGCAGAUUACAAACCUCCAGCAACACGUGUGAGCGACAAAGUAAUGAUUCCACAAGAUGAGUAUCCAGAAAUCAACUUUGUGGGGCUGCUGAUUGGACCCAGAGGGAACACCCUGAAGAACAUAGAGAAGGAGUGCAACGCGAAAAUUAUGAUCCGGGGGAAAGGCUCUGUGAAAGAAGGGAAGGUUGGGCGUAAAGAUGGCCAGAUGUUGCCAGGGGAAGAUGAGCCACUUCAUGCCCUGGUCACCGCCAACACCAUGGAGAAUGUCAAGAAGGCAGUAGAACAGAUAAGAAACAUCCUGAAGCAGGGUAUUGAGACUCCUGAGGACCAGAAUGAUCUACGGAAGAUGCAGCUUCGGGAGCUGGCACGGUUGAAUGGGACCCUCCGGGAAGACGAUAACAGGAUCUUAAGACCCUGGCAGAGCUCAGAGAGCCGCAGCAUUACCAAUACCACAGUUUGCACCAAGUGCGGAGGAGCUGGCCACAUUGCCUCAGACUGCAAAUUCCAGAGGCCUGGUGACCCCCAGUCAGCUCAGGAUAAGGCACGUAUGGAUAAAGAAUAUUUGUCCCUCAUGGCUGAGCUGGGCGAAGCACCUGUCCCAGCAUCCGUUGGCUCCACCUCUGGGCCUGCUGCCACACCCCUAGCCAGUGCACCUCGGCCUGCUGCUCCGGCCAACAAUCCACCUCCACCGUCUCUCAUGUCUACCACCCAGAGUCGCCCACCGUGGAUGAAUUCUGGCCCUUCGGAAAGUCGGCCCUACCAUGGCAUGCACGGAGGUGGUCCCGGUGGACCAGGAGGUGGCCCCCACAGCUUCCCACACCCAUUACCCAGCCUGACAGGUGGGCAUGGUGGACAUCCCAUGCAGCACAACCCUAAUGGACCCCCGCCCCCUUGGAUGCAGCCGCCGCCACCACCGAUGAAUCAGGGCCCCCACCCACCUGGGCACCAUGGCCCUCCUCCAAUGGAUCAGUACCUGGGAAGUACGCCUGUGGGCUCUGGGGUCUAUCGCCUGCAUCAAGGAAAAGGUAUGAUGCCGCCGCCGCCUAUGGGCAUGAUGCCGCCGCCGCCGCCGCCUCCCAGUGGGCAGCCCCCGCCCCCUCCCUCUGGUCCUCUUCCCCCAUGGCAACAGCAGCAGCAGCAGCCUCCGCCACCCCCUCCGCCCAGCAGCAGUAUGGCUUCCAGCACCCCCUUGCCAUGGCAGCAAAAUACGACGACUACCACCACGAGCGCUGGCACAGGGUCCAUCCCGCCAUGGCAACAGCAGCAGGCGGCUGCCGCAGCUUCUCCAGGAGCCCCUCAGAUGCAAGGCAACCCCACUAUGGUGCCCCUGCCCCCCGGGGUCCAGCCGCCUCUGCCGCCCGGUGCCCCUCCCCCUCCGCCGCCUCCGCCGCCUGGUUCCACCGGCAUGAUGAUCCCUCCCCGCGGCGGCGAUGGCCAGAGCCAUGAGAGUGAGGACUUUCCGCGCCCAUUGGUGACCCUUCCAGGCAGACAGCCUCAGCAGCGCCCCUGGUGGACAGGAUGGUUCGGCAAAGCAGCCUGAGUUAUUUUUGUGGACGGAAUCGGAACACGCUGGCUCCAUAUCGUGAAAUUGUUAUUAAUUUUUUUCUUUUUCUUUGUUAUUUCCUUACCUCUUCCUUUCUUCAGACUCCGUCCAAGGAGACGCUCUCCCCGGUCUUCUGCUGCAAUUCAGCUCCUUUCCCUCCUCUCCUCUCCACUCCUCGGUUCUUCCCUUUCCAAGGAGAGGGGAGCAAAUGGUUUUAGGCACAGGCUCUGGCUAUUAGUGUCCACCUAGUGAUGAUGGGGUUCCUUUGGUCCUAAGUUUUUCAGGGUGCCAAUGCUACCCCAGCGAUGUUUUUGAUAAGUUCGGGGCUUUUUAUCUGCCACUCUGAUGCAGCAUCUCGUAAAGUGCAGAAGGGGGCUGUUCUCCAAGGUUCCGGGGUCCACAUCCAUCCCAGCACCCCUGCCAGCAAUAGGUAGAGCAGCCACCUCGGCCUAGCCUGCCAGCCCAAUGUUCUCUCCUGUCUCCUGACCACCUAAGUGGCCUCAGAUUCCAUUUAUUCCUCUCCUUCCUGGAAGGCUUCAUUUUAAAUUUUAUUUUUAUCCCAAACGUCUGAAUGUUUUGCAGUGUCUAAGGGUUUGAGCCUCUUGUUCUUGAUUCUGCUUCCUUUUUUCCCCUUCCCUCUUCAUGGAGUGAUGACGUUGACAAUAAUGUAUAAUGUGCGUUCUCUUCACUGGUUUAUCUGCAGAAAUUUCUCUGGGCUUUUUUUCGGUGUAUGAUUUAACGCUGCGUUAAAGGGGGACAUUCCAUUGAAUAAAAGAGCAGUGUGGUUUUCUGGG